CCUGCGAGGGCCGAGGCGGGGCCGUGGGGUGGGCCCCCAAAGGGAUGCUCUCGCCCGAGCGGCGAGACCUGCCCCGCUCCCCUCUCGCCGCCGCCGCCGCGCCGCACCCGCCGACGGCCACCGACAUGGCUCUCUACUGCGGCGACAACUUCAGUGUCUACUCGCAGCCCGGCCUGCCCCCCCCUGCCGCCGCCGCCGCCGCCGCCCAGGGCGCCCCUCCGGCCGCCAGGGCGCCCUACGGGCUGGCAGACUACGCCGCGCCGCCCGCCGCCGCCGCCAACCCCUACCUGUGGCUCAACGGGCCGGGUGUGGGCGGCCCGCCCGCCGCCGCCGCUGCCGCCGCCGCCGCGGCGUACCUGGGCGCCCCGCCGCCGCCUCCCCCGCCCCCCGGGGGCGCCGCCGGGCCCUUCCUGCAGCCGCCCCCCGCCGCCGGCACCUUCGGCUGCGCGCAGCGGGCCUUCGCUCAACCCGCGCCCGCCGCGCCCGCCUCUCCCGCGGGGCCCGCGGCGCCCGGGGAGCUGGGCUGGCUGUCCAUGGCCAGCCGCGAGGACCUGAUGAAGAUGGUGCGGCCGCCCUACUCGUACUCGGCGCUCAUCGCCAUGGCCAUUCAGAGCGCGCCCGAGCGCAAGCUCACGCUCAGCCACAUCUAUCAGUUCGUGGCCGACAGCUUCCCCUUCUACCAGCGCAGCAAGGCCGGCUGGCAGAACUCCAUCCGCCACAACCUGUCGCUCAACGACUGCUUCAAGAAGGUGCCCCGCGACGAGGACGACCCAGGGAAAGGGAAUUACUGGACCCUGGAUCCGAACUGUGAGAAAAUGUUUGACAAUGGGAACUUCCGUCGGAAGCGCAAGCGCCGCUCCGAAGCCAGCAGCACCUCCACGAUGGCCGCAGGGACCGCAAAAUCGGAAGAAGGGCUCUCCUCGGGACUGGGGUCCGGCUUGGGUGGGAAGCCCGAAGGAGACAGCCCCCCUGCAUUGCUAAGGCCGCCCCAGUCCCCAGAGUCCCCCGAGGGCACCAAGAGUACUGCCUCCUCCCCUGGAGGGUCCCUGCUCUCCUCCGCCCCUUGCCUCAACACCUUCUUCAGCAGCCUGAGCACCCUGAGCGUCAGCAGCAGCGGGAGCACCCCGCGGGCGGUCCCCACCGGCCGCCACCUAGGGAUCCAGGGGGGCCCCUUGGCCUCCAGCAGCACAUUCCCCGCCAGCUCUGUCCCGGAAGCCCCACCAGACAGCUUGCCACUGAGCAACGGUGCCAGCAACGGCAGCAGCAGCCAGAGGUCCUCCUACUACAGCCCCUUCCCUGCCAGCAGCGGCGGGGGUCAGAGCAGCCCGUUCAGCAGCUCCUUCUACAACUUCAGCAUGGUCAACAGCCUCAUCUACCCCCGCGAGGGCUCCGAGGUCUAGGACAGCCUGGGACAGCCGCCCUCCGGACUUGAAUAUGCACACCCGAGGUCUCGUGACAUGCAGAUUUCAUGAGACAGGAAGUGGGCUUCUGCAUUCCUCUGGAGGCCCAGGUGCUCCUGUGGCCCGAUGGGAGCAGUAGAUAACUCUUCCCGCAGCCCCGUGCGCUUUUACAGGUUUCUCUGGAGAGAAAGCCACCUCACUCUAUUCGGGACAGGGCAGGGACCAUGUCUGUUCUCUUUGUCAAUGUAGCGCAGGGUUAUGAGCUCAGAUGUGUCCAAGGGCCGGCCAAAGAGCAAAAGAAUGAAGCUGAUCCAGUAGGAAGGAGGUAGCAGUUGGUCCCUUGAAGCAGGUAAGGGGUGCUCCGGCGGACCAGCAAAAGGCUGCUGUGGGCCGUUUGUUACUUUCCUGCCUGGCAGCGUCCUCAUUUGUCUAGAGAAGUCAGAUAUCUGGAUGUUUAUAGGAAACCUCCAUUUGCAGUUUUUGGCCACGAAUUAAAGUUUAAAUCCUGUGCUGGGUCCUACCGCAGCACAGGUCCUCUGAGCUCUAUCCAGCUCAGGUGUCACCUCCACUUCUGCUCCGUGCCUGGGCCCCAGUAGAUACUAACUAAUAGCCGGGAAGCUGCCCCCGAGAGCCGUGGGUGCCCAGCGCUGUUUCAGAUGGACACUCGAGGUUGUAUUAGGUCAUUUAAUCCUCACAACAACCUUGGGAGCUAGGUAUGGUUACUACCCCUCACGUUCAGAUGUCAGGUGACUCCCCCAAGGUCACACAGUAAGUUGUGGAGCCGGAUCCGGUCCAGGCAGUCUGGCUCCAGAGCUAGUACUGGAGGGUCUGUUCUGGUUCUAAAAAAAAGAAGGUGCCAUUGUCCAUAGGCAGACAUAGCGUCUAGGGGUAGGAAUGAACUAGGUCUCAUUUAACCAAAGAUUUCUGGUUGAAAUAAGUAUCACUUGAGCUGAGCAGCAAGGAUAGGCACCACCUCUGCCUUCCACCAUGUGCCUGAGGUCCAGGGUGACCAUGGUCCUCAUUAACUUGAUGUCUUAGCCCUUUUAGCAUGUGUCCUGGAUUUCUCAUUUUUAAAACAAAAUAUUAGAAUUUUACUAAAAGUAGUAUUUUAAGUGGC